AUGACGGCUUCGCACAGUGACUCUUUGGUGGUGUUGUUUGGGGCAACAGCUGGUGCAUAUGGGGCUAAACUGGGUUCGGAUGAGAGGGAACUAAUUCUCUUGGUGUGGCAAGUUGUGGAUCUACAGAACAAGAAGGUAGGGACACUACACAAAUCCCUGGUGAAAGCAGACAACUUGGACUUAAGUGACCAGUGUCGCGAAGUCAGUGGCUUAACACCAGAGGGACUGGGCAAAGCUGAACCACUGGACCGGGUUCUUCAACAGUUUAGUCAGCUGGUAUCCAGUGAUUUGAAAGUACUUGGAAGGAGCUCUUACACACUCUGCAGUGAUGGCCAGUUACUCAUCCGACAAGUUCUCCACCCAGAAACAUCCAAGAAGAACUUCUUGUUGUCAGACUGCUUCUAUUCCUUUUAUGAUCUGCGCAAAGAAUUCCACACUUGCUACCCUAGUUCAGCCGCCGUGAAAGACCAGACUAUCAAGACCAUGGCAGAAUAUCUAGGCUUAGGGACAGAUGAAGCAGAGGAGGACUUUGGCGUGUGGCAAGUGAAGACCAUGGUGGCUAUCAUUUUCAGCAUGCUUUCAGAAGGUUGUAAUCACGUAUUUACUGAGCCUGAAACUGUGAAGCACAAGUAUGAAACAGGUCCUUGCAGUAAAUCUGAAACUGUGGACAGUGAGACAGUAAUACGUGCCAGAGGUUUGCCAUGGCAGUCUUCAGACCAGGACAUCGCUCGAUUUUUCAAAGGGCUCAACAUUGCCAAAGGUGGUGUGGCUCUUUGCCUGAAUUCCCAAGGAAGAAGAAAUGGGGAGGCUUUGGUUCGGUUUGUCAAUUCUGAACAGAGAGACCUUGCCCUGGAAAGGCACAAGCAUCACAUGGGUAGCAGAUACAUUGAGGUUUACAAAGCAACUGGGGAAGAAUUCUUAAAAAUUGCAGGAGGCACCUCCAAUGAAGUGGCCCAGUUCUUAUCCAAGGAGAAUCAAGUUAUCAUCAGGAUGAGAGGCCUUCCAUUCACUGCUACCCAGGAAGAUGUCUUGGGGUUCCUGGGGCCAGAGUGCCCAGUCACAGGAGGGAAAGAGGGACUUCUCUUUGUCAAGUACCCAGAUGGCAGGCCCACAGGAGAUGCAUUUGUGUUAUUUUCCUGUGAAGAAUAUGCACAGAAUGCACUUAAAAAGCACAAAGAAAUACUUGGAAAACGUUACAUUGAACUCUUCAGGAGCACAGCAGCAGAGGUCCAACAGGUACUUAAUAGAUACAUGUCAACACCUCUUAUUCCAACCCUUCCAACUCCCAUCAUUCCGGUCAUGCCCCCUCCGUACACCAUCGCCACGGGCAGCGUCCGCGACUGCGUGCGGCUCAGGGGCCUUCCCUACACUGCUGGCAUUGAUGACAUCUUGGAAUUUAUGGGAGAUGCCACAGGGGAUAUCAAGCCCCAUGGAGUUCACAUGGUCCUUAAUCAGCAGGGACGACCGUCAGGUGAUGCUUUUAUCCAGAUGAAAUCUGCUGACAAAGCCUUUAUGGUGGCUCAAAAAUGUCACAAAAAAAUGAUGAAGGACCGUUAUGUGGAAGUAUUCCAGUGUUCUGGAGAGGAGAUGAACUUUGUUUUAAUGGGUGGCACUUUAAAUCGUAGUGGCUUAUCCCCACCGCCAUGUAAGUUACCAUGUCUUUCUCCACCAGCUUAUGCUGCUUUCCAAACAGCAGCUGUGAUCCCAGCAGAGGCAGCAGCCCUUUACCAGCCACAAGCCCUCCUACCAUCCACCAGGACGCCCCAGGCCUCUGCAGCUGCUCCUCCAACUGUUACCUACUACCCAGCCCAGGCUGCUCAGCUCUACAUGAACUACACAGCUUACUAUCCCAGCCCUCCAGUAUCUCCUACCACGGUGGGGUACAUUGCAGCUCCCCCAGGAGCUGUGGCAGCUGCUGCCGCUGCUACUGCCACCCACACUCCCAUCCUGCCCCAGCCUGGAGCCUUGGUCCGGAUGCAGGGCUUGCCAUAUAACACAGGAAUGAAGGAGAUACUCAGUUUCUUCCAGGGGUACCAGCUCCAAGCAGAUUCCAUCCUCAUGCUUUACAACUUUAGUGGGCAGCCCAGUGGCGAGGCGUUGGUGACUUUUCCAAGCCUGGAUCUAGCUAAGCAAGCAGUGGCUGAGAGAAAUGGGCAGCUCCUGGGCAGCCGCUGUGUGCAACUGUACUUGGUCUAA